UCAACAUCCGGGCAAUCUGUGUUUACUUUAUGUACAUCUAUCAGUAGUAAGGCUAUGUCCUUUGCGUAAUGGUUUAUAUCGUGUAACUGCUGUAGCGUGAUAUGACCCGUUUUGUUUGAAGAAGUGUCUCUUGUGCCGUCAGCCAGAGAUGUCUGGUUUCAGCGCUGAGCUCAUAGACUACCUGGAGGGGAGAAUAACUUUUGAGGAGUUUGACAAGCGGAGAGAUGAGCGGAAAGCCAAGGAGUCAGAGGUAUCUGCUGAAGGUGUGGAGGAUGAUGCUCAGCCCUCUACCUCCUCACAAAUCCCGGGAAACAUCGAGGAGGGAGUCAGCCCGGGGGUCCAGCUGGCCUUCGCCUCCAUGCUGGAAGAAAGGCCAGAACCACCAUCUUCAGAAGAGCCUGAGGAUGAAGAGGAAGAGGAGGACAGCUUGAGCUUUAUUGAUGAUGAUGAUGAUGAGGAUUACAAGGUGGAGGAAGAGGAGCGGAGUAAGGUGGAGGUGGAGGUGGAAAAGGUGGAGAAAAAAGCGAGAGGACGGGGGAGCAGGAAGAAGAAGAAGAAGCAGAGGGAGUUGGAUGAGGAGGAGGAUGUGACGGUGGGGGAUGUGUUUGAGCUGGAGAUGGAACUGAACCGAGAAAACAAGAAGAUGAUGAAGGAGCGGCGUCAUCGCAGCAAGCUGCCCAGAGCUCUGAGAGGCUUGAUGGGAGAAGCCAACAUCCGCUACGCCAGAGGAGAGAAAGAGGACGCCAUCUUGAUGUGUAUGGAGAUCAUAAGACAGGCUCCUCUGGCCUACGAGCCUUUCUCCACAUUGGCUAUGAUCUACGAGGAUGAGGAAGACAUGGACAAAGCGCUGCAGUUCGGUCUGAUCGCCGCCCACCUGAACCCCUCAGACUGCGAGGAGUGGAUCAGACUUGCAGAAAUGUCUCUGGAGCAGGACAACAUCCGACAGGCCAUUGUCUGCUACUCAAAGGCUAUUAAAUACGACCCCACCAACGUGCGCUACGUGUGGGAGCGAUCCAGCCUCCACAUGCGUCUGGGUGAGCACAAACAGUGCAUGGACGGCUACCGCAGGAUCCUGUCACUUCUGCCACUGGAGGACGGAGAGCACUUCAUGCAGCUCUCCAAGGACAUGGCGAAGAGCUACUAUGAGAGUAAUGACUUGCCCUCAGCUCUGGGUGUAAUAGACGAAGCUCUGGCACGACACCCCAGUCUGGUCAGCGAUGACUUCAUCAACAUGGCAGCUGAGCUCUUCAUAGCCAACCGCCAGUACAACAAGGCCCUGCGAGUCUUGGUCCAGUUUACAGGUAUUGUUUUGGUCAGAGAUGAAUCCAAAUCGGAGUCUGCGGAACCAAGACAAGAAGAGAAAGUAAUAGAGAAUACGAGCGAGGAGCAAGACGAUGGGAUUGAAGAAUGCACAAAUGAGAAGACUGUCGAUGAAACAGCUGCAGAAGAGAAUGGUGAAAUUAAGGAUGUACAGGUACCAGACAGUGUCCCGGUGGACCUGAGGGCCAAGCUAAUCGUCUGCCUCAUACACCUACAUGGCAACACACCCCUGGAGGCAAACAGAACUCACAAGAUUGUCAUAGGCCUAGUGUCAUCGCUGAUGGAGCAGAGUCAAGAGGAGAUUGGUGACUUGUACCUGGAUGUAGGUGAAGCCUACCUGGAGGAGGGCGAGUACAUGGCUGCUCUGCCUCUGCUCUCUGCCCUCGUCAUAUCGGAGAAGUACAACCUGGCUGUCGUCUGGCUCCGACACGCAGAGUGUCUGAAGGCGCUCGGUCACAUGGAGGCGGCGGCCCAGAGCUACACUAAGGUGGUGGAGAUGGCUCCGCAGCACCUGGAGGCUCGACUCUCCCUGGCCACCCUGCAGCAGCAGCUGGGCCGGCCGGAGUGUGCCCUCAAGGCCCUGGAGUCCAUGUACGACAGCGACACACUGGCACAGGACUCGUCAGCCGCACAGAAGGAAUUAAAGCUGCUUCUGCAUCGCUCCACACUGCUGAAGACUCAGGGACAAACACAGGACUACCUGGAUGCUAUGAUCACUAUGAUCUCCAUGCUCCUGAAGGUGGCCAUGCAACGAGCUAAGGUGUGUGUGCGUUCUGUAACCAUUUCGAGGGAGAGUCACCUGAGACUGAUGAAGGCCAAAGACAUGCUGCCAGAGAUUGCAGACCAUGAAGCUGCCUAUCUGGACAACACUGGUAAAACCAACGUUCUGUCCAGAGAAGACUGGUGGCAGCUGCUGGUGAGCUGCGUGCUGACACUGUGUGAGGUGCAGCGCUACGAGGAAGCCGAGCUGCUGGUGGAGUCCGCCAUGGAGUUCUACUCCUUCUACGACAACAAGCCCUUGAGGAAGGAGUUGGAGUUCUUCGGCCUGUCCGCCACCAUCCUCGACCACAACUACUACAAGGCAUACAACUACAUCAGGUUGAUGUUGAUGGAAAAUGUGGAUCUUCCUCAGCUUUGGAAUAUUUUCAACCAGCUGACCAUAACCUCCCAACACCAGCGUCACCACCGCUUCUGCCUGCGUCUUCUGUUAAAACAUCCUGACAACCAUGCCUUGUGUGUGCUGUGCGGACACAACGCCAUGGUGUCGGGGAGCUUCAAACACGCUCUGGGCCAGUAUGUUCAGGCCUUCCAGACUCACCCCAACAACCCACUUCACAGCCUGUGUGUGGGUCUCACCUUCUUCCACAUGGCCUCUCAGAAGUAUGUGGCCAAACGCCAUGCACUGGUGCUGCAGGGUUUCUCUUUUCUGUGGCGGUAUGUGGAGCUGCGUGGAGAGUGUCAGGAGAGCAUGUACAACCUGGGCCGAGCACUGCAUCAGAUGGGCCUCGCAUAUUUGGCCAUACAUUAUUACCAGAAGGCACUUAAACUGCCUGCUCAGAAACUCGAGGGUAUCCCUGACGAUCAGGUGGAUCUGAGCAGAGAGAUCGCCUUCAACCUCUCUCUCAUCUACCAGGCCAGCGGGAACAUGAAAAUGGCCCACCAGCUCAUCAAUACACACUGCAUUGUUUGAAAAUGCACACAAAAGUCUGAUUGAAUUGAUAUACGGAGGACUAAAAAUGAUUUAUUCAUGAAUAAACAAAUACGUAAAAGGGAGGUUAGUACCACCUACCUCAUUCACAUGCAGAGAUAAAAAUCAAAGUAGAAAUGUAUGAAUAUAUUUUUAUUUUACAAUGAACAAUUUAUUCAUGUAUUUUAUUAUACAUUUAUUUUUGUAUUUCAGCUUUAAUAAAUGUUUUUUUUAAUUUAUUUAUUUAUGUUUUUAUUUUGAUUUCUGAGCCAGUAAUUUUUUGUACAAAAUGGCUCUUGGGUUCAUAUUUCUGUAUGGUCAUAACAUGUGUACAUGAAGGCGAUGUGAAGUAAUAUUUUCAUAAUAUUGAUAUUUUUCUAGCUUUGGAGGCACGAUUGCUAAACAAACAUAGACAUCAACAAAUGCAUCUAUAUUAUUAUCACUUUUACUUUUAGGGAUAUUAUUUUUUUUCCUCCAGUCCCAUGUUAGCGAAUACCAGAUUUUCUUAUGUAGGACACAUUUUUGUUUGCAUUAUUUGUACUUCUACGUACAGCCCUAAUGCCACAGUAAAAAUUCAACUUUUUAAAUCAAUAAGGCUGCUAUAACCAAUGUUGAAAAGACCGUACUAUUUCUAAAAAAUAAAAAAAAUUAACAUGA